AUUAUCUCUCGCAGUCAGUCUCGUUUAGUCUGGGCAAGGGAGACCAACGCCUUCUCAAAAUUGUCCGCAAUGGGCUUUUUAACCAAUCUCGGAGGUGCUGCCCUGCUGUUGUACGUGCUGGGCCGUAUUUUCAAGAAGCAGAUAUUUCAGUUUAAGGAAAGAAACUUCGCCUUGUUUAUCAAUCGCUUCAUGGGCUUGUACAAUGCGACUGCCAAGGUUCACAAGGAACGGCUGUUCAGCGAGUUGAGCUCAAUCAAGUCGCACGACCCCAAGCUGCAAAAGGAAGGAAAACUUCGUAUCCUGGAGGUUGGCUGUGGGUCCGGUGCGAACCUGGAGCACAUGCCCAAGGGCAGCCACCUCGUGAUGCUGGACCCGAACGAGUCGUUCAAGCCGCUGCUGGAGAAAAACCUGGCGGCGCACCCGAGCCUGAAAAUGGAGCGUUUCGUGCUGGGCAAGGUGGAGCAGAUGCUCGACGUGGCGAACGACAGCGUGGACGCGGUGGUGUGCACGCUGGUGCUGUGCUCGGUGGACAACGUGGCCCGCGCCCUGGCCGAGGUGCGGCGCGUGCUCGUGCCGGGCGGCAAGUUCAUUUUUCUCGAACACGUAGCAGCCGAGCGGGGGAGCGUGCUGCGAGCGCUGCAGUGCUUUUUGAGCGUGUCCCGAUUGUGGCCUUCAAUUUUCUGUGGAUGCGUCCUGAACAAAGAACUGGACGAACACGUUGCAAACGCUGGAUUCUCGUCAUGGAACACGAAACGCGUGGACAUUUUCAACCGAAAGAUGUUUUUAUUUCAUUUCAUUCGAUCGCAACAAGUUGGCGUUGCAAACAAAUAAAGCUGACAAUGAGCAGAUUUACACGAAUUGCUGUUCAUAAUAAAACUCA